CCAGCCGUCAGUGGCGCUCCGUCUGCCGAGUCGGGAGUACGUCCGUACGUCGCGCUACAUUCAACCCACGAUCUUAAAUACGAUCGCACUAAAGCGAUUUACGAUAUUAAUCGCCAACUCUUUAAUCCUGUGUUAUUUAUGUGCCGCAUUUAGUGUUUUCGUUUAUCCGUAUUUGUGUUCUGUGUGUUUUGUUUUAUUUCAAAUCGAAGGUUUGCGUACCGGACGCAACUUUUGUGAUACAAUGUCCAUUCAACGGCCGUUAACGCGGUGAAGAUGCCUCUAAUAACCCAUAACUCCAUUUCAUGAGGGUAAAUUGAGCAGCAUGAUUUUAAAGAUAGGAGGGAAGCCUCCCGCAAAAGCACCGGCACCGGCUAAGGUGGAGAAAGAAGUGAAAAAGACGAAAUGCGAUGACAAAUGUCCGGGGGAUCCUUGGAUGUACUGUGUGGUGUUAUGGUGUGCGUGUGCUAUGAGCCUGAUAUCGAGCGGGUAUAGUCUGUACAAGCAGCAGGGUCUGCAGGAGAGGUUGGCAGUGUUGGAGGAGCAGCACUUUGCGUUGAGGAGUGCGGUGCUGGAGCCGCAGCAGCCGCUGGUGGAGAGGCUGCGGCGGGAGGUGCUGGCGCGGCCGCCGCCUAACUGGAGGGCGAGGAGGAGCAUCAGAGAUUACGGACAAUGUGGAUGCCCAGCAGGUCCACCCGGGCCGCCAGGCAAGCGAGGAAAGAAGGGCAAGAAGGGCGACGGUGGCGAGGCAGGGCCGCCGGGAUUAACGGGAGCACCUGGGAAAAAUGGAUUCCCGGGCCCCAUUGGGCUGGACGGGCCAAAAGGAGACCCGGGGCGGCCCGGGGACAAAGGGCAGAAGGGCGAGCACGGCAGCCCUGGGUUCGACGUCUUCUCUGCCAUUAAGGGCGUGAAGCGCUCCGUCGACAACUAUAAAAUCAGUCCGUACACCACUGCGGAGAUCAUAGCUGUUAAGGGAGAACCCGGGGAGCCAGGACCACCAGGACCACCAGGUGGGGCGGGCCCCGAGGGUUUACCGGGCCACGACGGGCGCGCAGGGCCUGCGGGGCCGGUCGGGGCCCCAGGCGCGCCGGGCCCCGUUGGGCCGGCUGGACCCGCCGGACCACUGGGACCAAGCGGACCGCAGGGACCGAAGGGAGAUCGAGGAGACAAAGGAGAACGUGGUUUCACGACAACACUGAAGGGCGACGCUUUCCCCACCGGCAUCAUUGAGGGCCCUCCCGGCCCGCCUGGCCCGCCUGGCGCGGAGGGCGCUCGCGGCGAGAGAGGCGAGUCGGGCGCGCCGGGGCCGUCCGGGCCGCCCGGCGACAAAGGCGCGCGCGGCAAGCGCGGCAAGCGGGUAACUACCGCGCGAGUCCCCCCCACUCCUUGCCGGGGCCGCGCCGCAUGCCCCCACCUGCGAUGGGGGAAAAGCGGCGAAGUGGGCCCGCACGGUCCACCUGGACUUGAUGGUCUCAACGGUGAGCCUGGCGUGCAGGGGCCUCCAGGAAAACCAGGCGAGAUAGGUCCAAAGGGCGAAAAGGGUGACUACGGCGAUAUGGGCUCACCGGGCAUGCUGGGCGCACCUGGGUUACCCGGACCUCCCGGAUAUCCGGGCCUCAAGGGCGACAAAGGAGACAAGGGAGACUCGAAGUACAGAAAGCUGAGGAGGCGGCAGGGAGACGGCACCGGCUACGAGCUGUACGGACAUGAAAUUAUGAUGGGCCCGCCGGGGGCGCCGGGUCCGGCGGGGAUGCCGGGCGUCGCAGGCCCUCCUGGCAUCAAGGGCGACAAGGGCGAGCCGGGCGUGCGAGGCAAGACCGGGGACAGAGGGGAAAAAGGUGACGCGGGACCGAUGGGAUUACCGGGUCCAGUUGGUCUACCAGGCGAGCCAGGCGAGCCAGGCCGGCCAGGCGACUUAGGCCCUAGAGGCCCGCCUGGACUCGACGGCAUGAAGGGCGCGCAGGGCGAGCCGGGCAGCAAGGGAGAACGCGGUGACCCGGGGCUACCGGGUACGGAUGGCAUUCCAGGACAAGAGGGCCCGAAGGGCGACAAAGGAUAUAAAGGAGAACCCGGUCCAGCAGGGAAGCGCGGGCGCAAAGGAGAUAAAGGUGAUAAGGGCGAGCAAGGCGUGCCAGGAUUGGAUGCGCCCUGCCCGCUCGGGCCCGACGGUCUACCGUUACCAGGAUGUGGAUGGCGACCCGCUAAGGAGUCCGCGGCGGCGCUACCUCGGGAGCCAGGCGAAGAGGGCGCCGGAGGGGGAGGGCCGGGGGGCGUAGGGGAAGAGUCAGAGGAAGAUCCCGGCGAAGAGUACGAUGCGCGCGAGGAUGAGCUUGACGCGCCCCGCGAUUACGACGACUACACCGACAAUGCGCACCUCGCCCUGCACCAUGACUGAACCCUACCUUUACUACUCCCUCAUCUAACACCCGAUUUCACCUUGGACUCGAUCGAUCUCCUGCUAGUGGCGUUGG